GAAGCCGAAGAGGACGCAGAGGCGAAAGCAGCACCUGGGAGCCCCUGUGUCGAGCUAGAGAAUGUGUGGCCAGGACUCGGCUGGUGUAGGCUAACAUAUUUCUGAUGUGCUUCUAAUGCCUGGACAAAUGGCUCUUGUUGGAGAAGUGCAUGUGGUGCCUAGUGGUAAGGUCUACAGACAGAUCUUCGAUGCAGAGGUCCAGCUGGUGCGGUCUCUUGGUGAGGCACGGGCUCGGGUGGCGCAGCAUGGAGUUAGCUUGGACAGUGCAAAGAUUCCUCUGGUGCGAGAUGAGACACAUUCAAGUGGAUUGUUGUCCCAUCGCCAGCGUGAGUGGGUGGACAGUAUGCCAUACGAUUCCUACAGUGAAAACCCAGUUGUGUACAGGGAGAAAACAACAUCAACUUUAAGAAAGGUACAUGAAAGUGAAGAUGAGAUCGCAGCAAGAGAAGUCAGAGGUCUUUGCGAUGUUAUUGUAUCUGAGAAGAGGGACAGUAACAUCUUGCAGCGGAUCACCACAAACAGACAAGAACGGCAUGAGAAGGCAGUUUCUACUCUGCAUGAGGAAUUAGCUGGAAUCAGCAAGGAAAUGGAGGUCCUGGUUCUGGAGGCUGGAAUAAAUCUCCAAGGAUAUAUGUCCGAGUCCGAUAGAAAGAUUGACCUGUUGUUCCAGCAGUGUGAAAAAAGGAGAGACAACAGGUCCUUCACAAUGGUGUUUUUAAAUGAAUUUUGGGGUCAUGUGGUUGAGGACACCUCUUACAGGAAAGAGUGGAUCAGACUCACAGAGAACACUUUGUUCGACAUAGAAGAGAAACGUGCAGAUCGGAUUGCUGAUGUGUUGAAGAAAUUCACAACACUUUUGACAGAGAUUUGCUAUCUCAUGCCUUCUGAUGUGCUUAGGUUUAUACAUGAGGAAGCCAUGAUGAUAAAUCAAGCCAUACUUGCCAACCACAGAGCAAUCGCCAAGCUGUCUCUUAAUCUCAAGGAAGCAGAACUGAAAAGAGAGAGGGCACAGUGGCUCCAGUGGCAAGACCUGAUAAAAGCCUGGAAAUCUCAUGAGAAAGAAAGCGUGGUAACUGAAUUCAGGUUGUUUGCAGAAAAGGAGAUGGACCAGAUGCCUGGUAGUGUCAAGAAGGAGAUUGACUUGCUAAUAGAUCAGCAGCAGUUGCUACAUACCAGGAGGCUUCAGCUGCUGUGUUCAGUCAGUGAUUUCAUACCUGAGACCUGUACAAAGGCAGCUGUGAAUGAAUGGCAUAAAUCUCUUGUGGCCUUAAAUAAGGAGAUGGUGUCUGUGAACACACAGUUCUUAGACAGACUGCACAACCUCCAGAGUGAUGCCACCCAACGAUGUACAACAGCAGCAGAAACUUGUCAAGCUCAGCUGAUGAACUUGGAAAUCUGCAGCAAGGAGGAGGCUAAGACUAUCAUGACCAAAGAGCUGUCCCCACUCACUGAACAAUUCCAGAUAAAUUAUGACAAAGAACAAAGGCUCUUCUCUGAUCCAAUGAUGACCGUAUCAAAACAAAUAGACUCACAUACCAAUAAAUUAUUUAAAUAUGCCAAAAAAGCAGUUCAUCUUUGGGAUGUCUUGCAAAUUGGACUAAGCCAACAAGAAAAGGCCCUGCAAAGGAAUUUAGACCACUAUCGGAAGAAGUAUGAAACAGAAAAUCAGAAAAGGGAAGCCAAUCUUGACAUUAUUUUGGACAGCCUGCGGCAGGGGAGCACUGAGGAGCAACUGCGCGCCCUCAUGGGCAAGUCCCUGGCAUGUUUACAGGACAUCAAAGCUGGGUACCUGAAAUGUCAUCAUGAUCAAGUCAUUGUCAUAAAGUCCUAUCCUAAGAUGGUGCUAAGUAAAUUAAUGUCAUACAGCUCAUCUGUAAGCAAAUUCUUUUGUGUCCAAGAAGUUUAUGGAGAGAAUGUUCCUCCGAAAAUUGAAGAAUCAGAUGGUAAAGGCUACAGAACAAUGCCACAGGAACCUGAAGGGUCUGAUGUGGAGGAGAAGCCUAUAGUAAACCCAGGAUAUGCAUCACAGGAUAUUGAUGACAAGACUGGUGUCACCUGGGAUCACCCUAUAGAGGGUACUGGUGUGAACACGCCUCAACCACCUGAAAUAGAAAGCACAGGGGCUGAUGAAGGAAACACAGGGCAAGUAACUGCUCAGGUGUCCACGGAGAAUAAAGAUAAUGAAACACACAGUUCUGGACAUCAUGAUGUUUUGGAAACUCCGGUCAGUGCUCAGAAUGAGCUCUCACCAGCAGGGGAGAAUACAGAAGCCCCUGAGAUAGUUGGGAGCUUUGUAACAUUCAGAGGAAACACAUACACUGUGCUAUCGUCCAGCAAGAAGCAAAAGAACACAUCUGUUGUAAUAGACCAGCCAGUAACAGACAAUGUGUUCUUCACCGAGGCUGUCAUAGAAGAAGAAAGCCCUGCCAAUAUCAAACAGAUGCUGGUGCCGGAAGAGCUAAUUACUGAGCUAAAGAACAAUAUUCGACUUGGUUUCUUUGAGCACCUGGAGUGUUGGUUUACUGAAAUGGUGUCCAAUUCUCAUUGUAUUGUUCUGGCCAAGAAGGAGGAGCUGAAGUCUGAACUGGAUUUGCUCUGUCACCUUCAUGAACCCAGGGGUCUACGCAUAGAGAUGGACAUCCACAAUGUCAGAGCAGCUGAGUUACUCCUACACUCAGAACGUGUGGACCGCCACUGCGAGGGGGUGAAUCAAGCACUUAACGAUUUAAAGGAAGAGAGCGCUUUACUGAUUGAGAAAAUGAAAAGGGAGACUGAAAAUUUCCGCAGCAAGAUUAUGUCCAUGCAAAGCACGUUCCUGAAUGCCAAUAAGUCUGAUAAACUGGUAGCCCUGAUCAAUUCCUUGUCAACCAUUUUGGAUAGCCAUAACAGCGGAGUCCAGACUGCCAUGAGGAAUUACCGCCAGCAUGUGGAGGAGAUGCUGGGAAAACUUUGUGAUACCAACUCCGACUUCAUCAAGUCUUUCAAAUUAUUUUCAGAAGGUGGCAAUUUUUCUCCUGAGGAGAUUGAGACUCUCCGUAAGAGGCUGCAUAAAGCGUCAGCCACUAUCGCUUCAUUUGAGGGCUCCAUCAUGGUGGACCUGGAGGGGCUGGAGUCUUUGUGCUUAGAACAGGCCACAGAAGUUGUUAAAAAGUUUGAAGACAAAUUCCAAAGCCUAACGAUGGACACAAUCUUCCUAGAGAAUAUACAGAAAUCCCUAACUAAUCUGCAGGUGAAGAUCAAAGCACUGGUUGUGACCAGCAAUUGUCAGAGCCAGCAGAUUAACACUUACCUGGAACAACUACGGAUGAAGACAGAUGCCUGUGCCAGCCCCAACAUGGAUAAACAAGUGGUGACUAGCCAAGAGCUAUAUGACUUUGCUAAGCUUAUUAUGGAAGAAGUCUCCAGGAGGAGCCGCUACUUGUCUUGCCUGUUGGAGCCCAGUCCCAUUCUUCCAGAAGUCCCAUUACAAGGCCCAAUUGCAGCAGCAGCUCGUGUAGACGCCCCAUUGAGACAGGAUGGCAAAGUAGUGUUUGGGACCCAUGACAGCCUGCUGAAUCCUAGCAGAAUAGGAAAACUGGCUCUGGAUGAUGCAGCACUGGGUGUGAUCAAGAACAUCAUGAAGGCACAACGAACCAAUGGUGAGUCCCAACAGAAACAUAAUGAUGGGAAUCGACUGUCCAGCUUUGCAGUGUCUCGCCAAGGUCAGCCCUUGGCACCACGUCCGCCAUCACGACCUACCAGCGGGAGCAUAACCAAGAAGAAAUCUGGUACAGGUGAUGGGGAAAAUACCAAGUUUGCUUCCCCAAGUGUUCGCAAGCUGGUGAAACCCACCCGCUUUGACAAGAAGUACCAAGUGUUUGGAGAGAAGAAAGAGGAAUCGAAUCAUUUUAAAGGCAUCCUGAUGUCAAUUCUAUGGGAGAGCAACAAUAACCUGCUGUACUUGGCUGAGGAAUUCUAUAAAAAGAAGGACCGUCGUCCAGUAGGACGCCCAGACUUACUGCAGGAAACAUUUGAGGACUGUGCGGACAUGUUGGUGCUGAAGCUUCAGACUUAUGAGAAGCAGGCCCUGGAGUAUCACAACAAUUGCUUGCUGGAGUUCCGGGAGCAGUUGGAGGAGUUUGAAAAGCUAUUACGUGAUGUACCAGAGCUAGUAAUAGAGAGUCUAAGACGGGAACACUUGCAGGCCAUACAAAUGAACAUAGAUCAAAUACAACAGCUUUUCGGAAAGGAGCUUGGUGAAUGGAACCAAACAAAGGAAGAAAUAAAGAAUCUGCUGCGUCCAAGCUUGGGACACCCUGAUAACUGGCAAACUCUGGUGGAGAUCUGCCAGCGGGAGGAGAAGAGACAGCAGGAGGAGACAGAGGGGAUAGAGUGCACCGCUAAACAGUUACAGGACUGUGUUUUGGAGAGCAUGCAGCGCUUUGUCACUUCCUUGGCAUCACUCACAGAGAGCAUCCUACUGCAGCUGGACGAGGUGCUGACCGUGGAUGAUGUCCUGCCUGCCAAAAUGGAAAUCCCAAAGGAGAAGCUGUUGACACUGAUCAGACGCAAGAAAGCUGGCCUACCCCUUAAAGAUACAGAGUACCAGCCACUGAUAGAGCGUGGCAGCAGGGUCUGGCCAGGAAUUACUCUCAAGAACUCUGCAGACAUAACAGAUGGCACGUCCACUGCAUCUGUAACCACCGCCAAGACCACGCUGAGCCACGUGUCCACAGUAGAAGCCAGGGACUCUGCCUACCUGAAAUCCCUCCAAGACACAAAGUUGGCAUUGACGAGCAUAGUGGAGGAGCAGAAGCAACAACAAUUGGCGGCGCAGCGCUGGAAGCAGUGGUGGAAUCAGUCCAUACUCAAAAUAAAGGAACUGUAUUUAUGAAACCAUACUGACUUAUAUUCUGCAGC